AUGUCUUCUUUAGUUGUUCAAGAACAAGGUUCCUUCCAACACAUUUUACGUUUGUUGAACACCAACGUUGAUGGUAACAUUAAAAUUGUUUACGCUUUGACCACCAUCAAGGGUGUGGGUCGUCGUUACUCCAACUUGGUCUGUAAGAAGGCUGAUGUUGAUUUACACAAGAGAGCUGGUGAAUUGACCCAAGAAGAAUUGGAAAGAAUUGUUCAAAUCAUGCAAAAUCCAACUCAUUACAAGAUUCCAGCUUGGUUUUUGAACCGUCAAAACGACAUUACUGACGGUAAGGACUACCACACUUUGGCUAACAAUGUCGAAUCCAAGUUGAGAGAUGACUUGGAAAGAUUAAAGAAGAUCAGAGCUCACCGUGGUAUUAGACACUUCUGGGGUUUACGUGUUAGAGGUCAACACACCAAAACCACCGGUAGAAGAAGAGUUUAA